UCUUGAGACGAGCGAUGUGCGACGGUCCUGCGUGCCAUAAUGUCGUUGAUGAGGUUGAGGCGCGGCCAGGAACGGGAAGCAGAAGCUCUGAUCGGGCGCUCCCGCUUCCACUUCCCAGCGUCUUGGCACGCUUAUUUCCAACCGUGUCAGUCCACCACAACCCAGCAGCAAAACCUAGCUCGUGCAGGAACCUCCCUCUACUUCACCCCCAACGACACCGUCCAGCACCAGCAAGCCGCAGCAGCCUCCCAUUCCCGCCCGACGGAUCCACCUACGCCCUCCGCAGCUCGUGGUGCCGCCAUUGUAACGAGCCAUGUCCUUCGUGCGUGCCGUCUCGAAGGUCAGUCGAGUGGGUGUGCGAGUUCCGGCCAGCCGAGUCGGGCCCGUCGCCUGGAGCGCGCAGCGAGCCUUUUCGCAGUCCGCCGUGAGAAGCAGCGAUGCUCACGCCGAGGAGACGUUUGAGGAGUUUACUGCCAGAUACGAGAAGGAGUUUGACAAGGUCAAUGACGUCUUCGAGCUCCAGCGAAAUUUGAACAACUGCUUCGCCUACGACCUCGUCCCCUCACCUUCCGUCAUUGUUUCCGCACUGCGGGCUGCUAGACGGGUGAACGACUUCCCCUCCGCCGUGCGUGUUUUUGAGGGCAUCAAAUUCAAAGUCGAAAACAAGAGCCAAUACGAAGAAUACCUGCAAGACCUCGAAGGGAUACGCGAAGAACUCGGCAUUCCCUUGAAGGAGACCAUGUAUCCUGAAUAGACGCACCCUUCAACACGUCCGACAUCCCUCCCCACUGGAUCCAGACACAGACACAAAUACAAAUACACAAGAAAGCUCGCGUACCCAUUCAAUUGUAGAUGCGGUGGUCAUUUCGGUUUUAACUUGCUUUAGAAGGAUGGGAAAAGGAGACGGGGAGGGGGAGGGAUAAGGUACGCUGUAUCAGUAUUGGGGAUUUUCCUUUUGUGAGCAAUGACGGGGGAUGGGUAUGUAUUGAGUCUGUGUUGCUCUUGGAGCUGGUACUUGGCGAGAAGAAGGGUGAGAGCGGUAUCCCGCUGUAGCUGAUGUAUAGAAUUUCUUUCCUGUUGGAUGCAUGAUAAGCACAUUGCCCUACAUGUGAAGUCUCUGGAUUUCGCAAGUGUCUAACUCUUCUACCAAAGGAGGAUAGGGUGCGAAUGUGGUGUCAAACCACAAACUGUGCUCAUAUCGCAG